CCCAUCACUCCCAGCUCAAACUCAAAUGAUCGUCGUCAGUGUCUCAGUGUUGGAGCUCUUCACAGAGACGCCAACAUAUUGAGCCAUGGAGAAGUUUGUGCUUGUAUUAGUCUGUCUACUAGAUGUUUUGGUGUGUUUUGGAACCGGUCAGCACCGUUUACGUGCACGUGUCGGACCGUGGAGACACAGGAUUCAGUGGGAGAAUAAUGGUCAGGUGUACAGUUUAAUGAGCACAGGGACUCAAUAUCGCUCCCCUGCGCAGACCAGAAGACGCACUCAGAUCAUAUUGACAACUAAAAACAGUUUAAACAGACUUCAUCCUCAUGUUGCGCUCAGUAGAUCCAGUAGAACCAGACAUGGAGACCUCGAGGAGGCAGCCGGGGAUCAAUCUCAACAAAACAACCUCAAUCAAAUGGAUAAAUCGGUUCUUGGUGUUGAUUCAGAUCAGUAUUUACUCGCCUCGAGUACACCCGGGACUCACAGUCAGUCCCCUCCGCGCUUCGCAACCCCCAGAGAGGCUGUGGCUAUGGGAUACCUUUCACACCAGGAAGUGUCAAACGGCAGCGCCGCGGCUUUCACCACCAUCCAGGAGUUCUCCGGCAGUGGUGUCCCACGAGGAGGCCGGAGUGCACCUGGAGCUGGCGCACAACACGCCACGACGUCACCGGUAGGAUCAGCGGGCUUUACGCACAGUCAAGGCGGAAGGAUAAGCUCGGAGUCAGCUGCCCGGUCACCUGCCAUAGCUGCGUGGGACACCAUAAGAGAGGAUAGGGGGGACGCACGUCGCAUGCCGCAGCAAACCAGUUUGGUAACUCGCAUUGCGCAAAGCACGCACUCGAUGACUGCGGAAUCAAAUGAGUCUCCCACAGCGCUGUCCAGUAACUCCGUAGAAAUACACUUUCCCCGUACGAGGUCGGAUGCAGCAAGGACUAUGGAUAUGGAUGAAGCACGGGAUCCGCACAGUAUUCAUCACAGGAACUCAGUUUUCUAUAAUGUUUACCCGCCGGACCAUAGAAACAGGGUCAGUGUUCACCCACCACCAGGACCGGGUUAUGGCACCAGGUUCUUCCAUAAUGGUCUCCCAGACUUGGUUCCUGACCCUUACUACAUCCAAGCUGCCUCUUACAUCCAGAGGGUGCAGAUGUACGCACUUCGCUGUGCUGCUGAAGAAAACUGUCUUUCCAGGUCUGCAAAUCACCCGAAUGUGAGGGACCUCGACUACAGGGUCCUGCUGCGGUUUCCACAGCGAGUGAAGAACCAAGGAACAGCAGACUUCCUCCCAGUGAAGCCCAGACAUGAGUGGGAAUGGCACAGCUGUCACCAGCAUUACCACAGUAUGGAGGCCUUUAGUAACUAUGACUUGCUGGAUGUCUUUACUGGACAGAAGGUCGCAGAGGGACACAAGGCUAGUUUCUGUCUGGAGGACACAUCCUGUGACCCGGGUGUACGACGACGCUUCGCCUGCACUGCUCACACACAGGGACUCGGCCCCGGUUGCUACGAUACGUAUCACGCCAACAUCGACUGCCAGUGGAUCGACAUCACUGAUGUACCGCCUGGAAACUACGUCCUCAAGGUCACAGUGAACCCCUCGCAGAUGGUUCAGGAGUCAGACUUUUCAAACAAUGAGGUGCGCUGCGACAUCAGGUACACAGGAAGCUACGUCCAGGCGAGAAACUGCAGGAUUACUGUAAGCUGACCUGACCGAAGACAAACAUUCUCCCACAGAAACCUAUAUUUAAUGCAUUCUUGUUGCUCUCACUGUGCAGCUGUUACUCUGUUGCGCUGCAGUUUAAAUGUAUUCUAUUCUAUUUGUAUUUAUGUCAUGUGAUCUAUAUAUAUAGCUACAACCAGACUUGCUAGAUGGUAAAUUAUGAUAGUUGUAAUAACAUACAGUACAUUUAUAAGAAAUGCAAAGAUCGUUCUGUCAGCUGUAUGUGUGCUUAAAAACCUGAGGAAAAGCAUAUCAGCGUGAUUCACAUAGUUAUUCUUAAACUAUGGAAAUUCAUCCAGUCAUACUGUAUGACUGAAUUUAUUAACAUUUUGUGUAGAGAAAAAAAUUCUUUGUCUAUUAUUGAGCAUGAAUAUGGAUUGGAGUAAAAGAUGGAUAAGUGCUGUUAAAAUAUAUAUUAUAUAUACAAUACAUACUACAAUGCAUACAGUAUAUACAAAAAACAUGUAUUCAUUUGAACAGUAUAGUGUGUAUGAUUUUGUGCAGUUUGAGUAUACAACAUACAUACAUAUAAUAUAUGUGUGAGUAUAUUAUUACUCGCACACAUGUAUAUUCUGUAAUAAUACUUCAGUGAAACGGUAUUUGAUGGUUUGAAAGAUGUUCUAAAUUUUUAUUCUACUUUAUAAUAAAGUUUAUCUGUUUUUUGUGUGGAAACAAAGGUAUCAUUGAAGACCGUUGCCUUACUUUAAAAGAAAAAAAAUCGAAAUUGUCUCUACUGAUGGAACGAUGUGAACAAAUAUUUAACAACAUGAAGUCAUUCCAUUUACCAUUCAACGUUUACAGCAGUUAACACAAGCUGAGUGUCAUUAGAGGUAGGAGUGGUGCGUUUCUUAAAUGCUUUUGGAAUAACACACCUCAGAGAAAUACCUAAAAUAAUUCCACUUAGCAUGUCUACGUCUCUCAGAAAUGGCAACGUAGCUUCCCACCAUAAGCCUGUUGUUGUGUUUGUCAUGGUGUGUUACAGCAGAUGAGUGACUGAGAAAACAUUUAUUCACCUAUUAGUAACUCCAUGUGAGGUGUCUGGAAACGCUCUGUUUACACUUUGUCACCAGUUUUAUUAGGGACACUGUCUGACUGUGACGUGGAAAUGAAUAAAUACGCAAAGAAAUUCCUUCAUAGUCUGGUAAUCUUAAAUAUAGACCAUGCAGGUGAAACUCUCAUUUGUUUUAGGGCCACAAUUCUCCGACUACACUGCAUGGUGGAAACAUGACGACUGGAGUGAUUUCUGCCUCAACUGAAACCUUUUUGUUUUCCUUGUAAAGUGGAAGAUCGCAGCAACUUUUCUGCAAAGCCUUGAUAGAAGAAGGAAUCAGGAUGUAUAUGAGAUAAAUAUGCAGGCAGGUGGGAGCUGAGGUCAUGGAGUGUAUUUUCUCUACUGCUCUGCAGCAUCUGUUACUGUACGAGAACCGUUCACUGACUCACUUACACAGUCAGUCUCAUGGCAACAUCAGGGCCACAGCAGGUCACCAACCUCUCUACUCCAUCUCAUGGUAAUAGUCCAAGUGUGCUGCGGGUUUGAGGCUGUGUAAGUUAGUCUAAGUUUGCUGGGUUGAUGAUCUCCAUCUGUUGUUUUUCACUUUGCAAGUUACGACGACACCAAGAUAAACCAGAGGAAGGUUUUAAAGAAUUCAAAUGGGUUGUUCACGUUGCAUUUACAGUCGUGUGGGAUGUAUUUAGAUCCUAGAACUAAAGUACUAAUACAACAAUGUCAAAACCCUCCGUUAGAAGUAAAAGUCUAGCAUUCACAAUCUUACUUAAGAAAAAAUUGUAUUUCAAGUAUAAAAGUACCUGUUCUGCAGAACUCCUGUGACUGAUAUAUUAUCAU